AUGAGUAUUUCAGAAUCAUUUGUACGUAUUGAGUCUUGGUUAUCUAAAAAUGCACCUGAUGUAUUUCGUCAAUUAAAUAAACCUAUAUCAUCAAUUGAUGAACUUGAUAAAAUUGAAACAAUUUUAGGUGCGAAAUUUCUUCCCUCUGUACGUGAAGCUUAUACUUUUCAUAAUGGUGAAUCAACUGAAUCAAAAGGUUUAUUUGGUGGUUGGCGUUGGUUACCAUUAUAUGAAAUAAUUCAACGGAAUGAUGAACAAAAAAACUAA